AUGCUACGCUCUCCGUCUUCUUCACAUCAAAUUCCCUCGACCUCUGGGAGAUCCUCUCCAUCCAAUGGUCACUCUACGAGGUCACGGCCUUCAACUAUCCGUGGCUCAGCCAACUACGGGAAUGGGAAUCCGGAGAGGAAACAGGAUAUGGAAACGGAGCCCACUUUGAACCCGGCCAAACCCCCCAGGCGAAAGAAAAACCGUCAUCGGAAGCGUCGUAAUCGCCGACCGUCCUUUCUUGGUGUCGAAGAACCUCAUCCGGUGCCAGCUCCAACUUCAGUUCCCGAAGCGGAGGGUUUUGCUACGAUGGAACCGGAUCAGACAAAACCCCGGCCAGCGCUUCCGUUUUACAAACUCGGUAGAGAUUUGAGUAGCACAAGUCUUGAGAGUGAGGCUCUGCUGGAUCAUCGAGCCUGGGGCAACAGGGAUCAGCCUUCGAUGCGACCUCGCAGAGAGAGUCGACUGGCCCAGUCUUUUCGUCCUGGAUCUUUGUUGUCGUCCAUCCGCCCUAGCGAUACAGGCUCCCGUAUUCCUCCCUCAAGCACUCUUCGCCGAGCAGAAGACAGUGACGGCGUUGAGGGGGUCGAUGAUCGAACUCCAUUGAUAAGGCCUUCCUCGGGUUACAGGCCUAGUCAGUCCCGUUAUGGGACAGAGUCGAAAUCGAGUCCGUUGUCUCUUAGUCGGCGGCGGACAUCGGUGGAUACGAGUUCAUCCCGGUGCUCACCCCGGGCCAUUGCGAGUCCAUCAUUCCCGGAGCCGGAUCGUGACUAUGACAUCAAUAACCCCCCGUCAAUACCAACUACCCCGAAGCUGGGGCCAGAUAUGGGGUACGAUGAUGCGAUGGUGACAGGAACCGAGUUCGACUUCUCCCUAGCCAAAUCCAUUGAUCACCGGGGUCGAUCCCGUGACAUAGUCAUUGAUGUGGAUGAUACCGGUCGGAAUAGACCAUCUUCCCCGUCGUCUCUCUCGCCACGUCAGACUCCCCAUGAAGGACUGCGCCGUCGACGAACCCUUCCUGUUGAAGAAGACGUUUGCUUCCCUACCGAGGAAGUGUCAGAGUUGGCGGAGGAAGAUGUACCGAGGCUACAUCGGGGGGAUGAGCGUCGAAGGCGACGGCAGAGAGAAUGGCCGGAUCUAUCAGUUCUAGAGGAAUGGAGUCGCGAGGAGAAAGAGGAACGCACAGGUGACUUCAGAACAAAAAAAAUCAGCGAGCCUAUGCUUAUCGAGGGCCGUCUGCGCCCCCAGUACCGACUCUGGAAGCGCGAGGAGGACGAAGUUCCGUACCGUUUCACCUACUUUAACGAGGAGUUCCAGAGUACAAUACACGCCCAGACCAUCUCCGAGCUGGUGCAACCGGGAGGUAGCUUCCGAGAACUUUUCAUCCCCGACCCACCGGAACUGGAAGACUCUUCCGAUGAGGAAGAUAGAGAAUCCGACAAUCACGCUGGAGGAAGCACCACUGGAAAUAGUGGUGCUACUAAUAGCGAAGGAGACCGAGCAGCGGCCACCAAUGACAACAACCACGAGAAUUUGACCGAUCGUAAGCAGCGGCCUCGGCCAUCUGUCAUCAGCGAGGUCGUAUCGGAAGCUCGUACUUCGGCAGAUGCGUCUCCUUCGCGACGACUGCUGCCGCUUUCCAAACCAAAGCGCUAUGGUCCUCGGCCAACAUUUUGGCUUGAUGUUCUUUCUCCAACGGACGCAGAAAUGCGGGUGAUUGCCAAGGCGUUCGGGAUCCACGCUCUCACGGCUGAAGAUAUCAUGAUGCAGGAAGCGCGUGAAAAAGUUGAAUUGUUCCGGAACUAUUACUUUGUCAACUACCGCACGUUUGAACAGGAUGUUAACAGUGAGAAUUAUCUUCAGCCGGUGAAUAUGUACGUGGUUGUGUUCCGGGAUGGGAUCAUUUCUUUCCACUUCUCCCAGACACCCCACCCGGCGAAUGUACGGCGGCGGAUCCGACAGUUAAUGGAUUAUUUGAUUCUCAGCUCCGACUGGAUCUCAUAUGCUCUGAUUGACGAUAUCACCGACGUGUUUGGGCCGUUAAUUCAGUCCAUCGAAGACGAGGUCGAUGAGAUCGACGAGAUGAUCAUGAAGAUGCAUUCACCGGAGCACGGGGUUGAGGCCGGUAAUAAGGAAGCCACUAGCGAUAAUAGUUCGGAAACCAUUGCCCCCGGUGAAAUGCUGCGACGAGUAGGGGUGUGCCGGAAGAAAGUAAUGGGGAUGUAUCGGUUGCUGAGCAAUAAAGCAGAUGUUGUAAAGGGCUUUGCGAAGCGGUGCAACGAACAGUGGGAAGUCGCCCCUAAAUCGGAGAUUGGUCUCUACUUGGGUGAUAUCCAGGAUCACAUCAUGACGAUGACUAGCAGCUUGACCUACUACGAAACUCUUCUAUCACGCGCGCACUCUAACUACCUGGCACAGAUUAACAUUCUCAUGAAUGAGCGUCAGGAACAGACGGCGGAUGUGCUGGGGAAGUUGACGGUUCUUGGAACCAUUGUACUGCCGCUGAACAUCAUCUGCGGCAUGUGGGGGAUGAACGUCAAGGUUCCAGGCCAGGAAGUGGACAGUUUGUGGUGGUUUUGGUCCAUUACGGCCGGGUUGGUGCUUUUCGCCAUUGCGUCGGUUCUGAUUGCGAAACGAGUCUACAAGAUUGUAUAA